CCUUACCUCCUCAUUUCUCUCUCUCUGCCUGCUCUUUCUUUCUAGAAAACUCCAUUCUGGCCGUCGCUGGUUUCUUCAUCGAACUCCCAUAAACGAUGUUGCACCUACUUCUACUUACUACUCAGCUCCAUCAUUGCCAAUGCUGCUCCGAAUCUCUGUUCUUCGAUGCUUUCCGAACCAGUUUUCCAUAGCAUUUCAGCCCUAGAUUCUACACAUUCCUCUCACUGAAGCCAUUCACUAACCCUAAUUUGGUUGCAACUUCGAACUAAUUCGAAAUUCCAUCUAUCUCCGAUUGAUGUCCGGUCCGCCACGAGUCAGAUCGAUGAACUGUACCGAACCGGAGUCUCGGCCGGUCCUCGGGCCGGCCGGAAACAAGCAGGCGUCGAAGCCGCUGAGGAAAGUAGAGAAGCCACCGGAAGUGGAUGAGACUAAGGGGAAGAAGGCUCCGUCCUCGCCGGUGGUUAACACGACGCCGUCGCCGCCGCAGCGUUUUAGUGUGCCGUCGAUUUUGAGGCAGCAGGAUCAGAGGUUGCUGAAGUCGAAUUGGUCUCUUAACGCUUCAUGCUCGUCCGACGCGUCGUCGGAUUCGUCGCACAGUCGGGCGUCGACUGGGAGGCUCAGUAGAAGGAGUGUCACUCCGAGGCCGAUUCGGAGGAAGCAAUGUGGUUCGAAGACGGGGAAAGUUGAGAAGGUUGUUGCGGAUGCGGACACUGGAUCGGCAGCUUCAGGUGAUACUUCCCCGACCAAGAAAAGGUGUGCUUGGGUUACGCCAAACACAGAUGUCUGUUAUGCUGCUUUUCACGAUGAAGAAUGGGGAGUUCCUGUUCAUGAGGACAGGAAGCUCUUUGAAUUGCUUAUCUUCUCCACUGCUCUGGCUGAACUUACAUGGCCUGCCAUUCUCAACAAAAGGCAUAUGUUUAGGGAAGUUUUUCUGGAUUUCGACCCAAUUGCUGUCUCAAAAUUAAAUGAAAAGAAGACAGUGGCACCAGGAAGUGCUGCCAGUUCUCUUCUAUCAGAGUUGAAACUGCGAGCCAUCAUUGAAAACGCACGUCAAGUGUGCAAGGUAAUGGAUGAGUUUGGAUCUUUCGACAAAUAUGUAUGGGGCUUCGUAAACCAUAAACCCAUCGUCGGUCACUUCCGGUAUCCCCGCCAGGUUCCAAUCAAGACGUCGAAAGCAGAUGCGAUAAGCAAAGACAUGGUCAGACGAGGAUUUCGCGGAGUAGGACCUACAGUGGUCUACUCAUUCAUGCAGGUAACCGGAAUAACAAACGACCAUCUCAUCUCAUGCUUCAGAUUCCAGGAAUGUAUAGCGGCAGCAGACGCAAGGGACAAAGAUGGCAGCCUCAAGAGCAAAGUUGAAGGCAAACAACCCGAUGAUUCUGCCAACCUGGGACUAGAAAACGCCAUGGAUGAUUUGAAUCUAUCCACGGAGUAACUUUAACUUGGAUUUUGAUUGAUGGGGUUGUAAUUUGCGCCGUGAAGGCGUCGUCAGCCUGUACAGCGACGCUUUCAUGGGAAAUGGGAUGGGAUGGGAUGGAUAGUUGGGGUGGGCAGGGUAUGGUUUGUGUACAAAUUGAUUAUGAAUUGCUUUUGUACCUUCGCUUAUGUAGAUGAUGAUGAAGAAUAGAAUUUGGAAUUCAGAAAGAUAAUGGGUUUGAGAUGGUGAUGGGUCAUCUUUGUACAGCGGACAGUGACCUGCCCAUUUCUGACCACCUUACCGCUAUCCCAUUCCAAAUUUUUGGCAUUAUAUCUCCCCCCCACCCCUAUAUUGGAUGCCCUAUGGACUAAGGAAAAUUUUUGCGAGUGAUAAAGAGGGUUACAAGGGGCUUAUUGAAUGGGGUCAAAAAGACCCAAAUGGCCUCGCCCAACCUUCGCCUCUCUUCUUUCCCUUCCCAUGGCCUUGUUUCGACUGUCGACCGUUGUUGCUUUCGCCUCGCCUCGCCUCCAACUAUUGCCCUUGUUGCCUCACAAAUCAGAUGCAAUGACGCCUCUCUUCUUUCUCUUCCCAUGGCCUUGUUCCGACUGUCGACCGUUGUUGCUUUCGCCUCGCCUCGCCUCCAACUAUUGCCCUUGUUGCCUCACAAAUCAGAUGCAAUGACGGUUGGUGAGGUGAGACAGCGAGGCGAUAGCAGCAACAAUCAGCGAUCGCAGCCAUGAAAAGGGAGAGAGGAGAAAAGAGGUGAUGGCAAUGGCAUCUCCUACAAAUUUGUAUCGUGGGCAAGGGCAAUUUGUUUUUUUUUAACCCCCCUGGGUAAGUCCCUCCGUGAAUGUGUGUAGCUCUGCAGAAGAACCCGGGGACUAACUAGGACCAGUGUUUGUUGCUUUUCUGGUAACCCUAGUGGACGCUGUAUGUACUGCACAUGCAUGCAUAUCAAACGCUUCUAGCAGAUGAUGAACAAACUUUGUAGACUAAAUGAUGCUUUGGUUGUUGUGCCAAUGCCGUUUUCCCAUCUUUCCCCUGCCUGCUACAAAAGAAAAGAUAAACGAGUUUCAUUUCAUCACCAAGCAUGGGUGGGUCAUUAUAACUGUCCACUUUUUCAUGUCUUGAAGCACCUUUUCUCGAAGUCGGUUGCCAAUGUUCUUUGACUUAUAUGGCCGAAGGUGUUUCUUUUGUGCGCGUAGUCUAACAUCUACUGUUCUCAAGUCUUCGAGCUCUGAGGAGCAAGGAUAUUCAUUCACAAAGCACCAUUCCAUGGCACAAAUUAAUUUAACCGUACAUAUGUGCAAGGCACAAAUUAAACUACAUAAUUAGAAACAUAACAUAUUUAUAUAUAUUGUUGCAUGUGUGUGUUUACACUUAGGCUGACAGAUACAUAAUCUUCUAUACACUAAUUGAGGAGGAGUUCAUGUCCAUGGAUGAUGCUGUCUCAUCCAACAACACCAACCCGCAGAAACGCACCUAUUUUGGUCCUAUCCAUCUAUCUAGUUCUAAUUUAACCAACAGGUGCUUCGUCUAUGAAUUCCCGUUGAUGAUCAGAUCAGAUCAGUCCCCUUCACAGCCACACUACUUGAAUGAAUGAAGCUGUGCUCGUAUUUGGGUGUUGACAAUUCUUCUUUUCUUUCUCUGGGUCACCGAAAUCUUCCAAACUAGUCACCCAAAUGAUCAAAAUCCACGCGAAAGCACAAAGUUCCCAGCUGGUUCCUAAUUUUCACCAUUUUUCUGUCUGAUGGCGAUCAUCUUGGAUAAUUCUUCUGGAAAUGGCAGCCGCCAAGGCGGCUUUGAAGCUGGGAUCCUUGGUCAAGGAAGAAGCCAUCUGCUCAACCAAAAACUCUUGAACAUCUGGCGCCCCCAACGCCCCCGUCCUCCUUGAAUCUUUGGCACCGUUGGGCAUAGGCUUUGUAAGAUCAAGAGUGAUGGUUGGUGCCGAUGAGGCCGAGCAAGGCACCGACCCCAGCGCCGCCACACACCGGCCGGCGCUCGAGGUCGACGACUCGUGCCUCGAGGGGUGUGGGUGGUUGUGCUCCCCUUCGUAUGUCGCCACCACUAUUGAUUGGUCCUCUACGCUUCUUUGCACCUGACAGCAAAAAAUCAAAACCAGGUUCAGGUUUCAAAUUUCUAACUCAACAACAGACAGAAGCUGAAACUGGACACAAAAAUCUAAAAUUGAAUACAUAAGAACUUAAUAGUAAAAUAGAAUUGGCUCACCUUCUUCUUGACUGGGCAAGCAGGGGCAAAAGAACAUUUGAAGUAAGCUCUUGGACAAGGGUUGUCUCUAGUGACCUUUUGCCCAUAUUUCCUCCACUGAUAUCCAUCUUUCACUACCUGCAACCACAUAAAAUAUAGCUCAAUUCUUGCAGAAACUAAUCAAUGCAUCAAUCAACAUAUAUACACACAUAUAUACAUAUAUAUUUACAUAUAAUAUUAAUUAUUGUAUGUGUUGAAGAUGUUGAUUGGACUUACAAGGCUUGUAUCGGAUGCUUCAGUUCUUACACAGACCCUUGAGAUCUUGGCCUUGACA